AAUUGAAACAUUUUCUGUGCAAACUGUGUUUGAGAGUUUGCAAAUUAUGAGUCAAAAUCAAGAAGAUACAGAUAUUAAAGAUAGUAGUGAGUCGGCAGCUUUGUCAAACUUCUUCAAAAUCAGAAAAUACAGUGGUGUAGAUCUCGUCCAGUCAACCCAAGACUCCAUAAUGGACGUGCUUGUGAAACAAACAAUCGAGAGUGAAAGUGGCCAAAGUAACGUUUUAUCUUUUUCUACAACUACUAAAGAUGCAACUGUAUACUUCCAACAGCUGGAAGAGCAGUUCAUUGCACUUAAAACAUUCAUAGCUGGUACAAAUUCCGCGUACAGGCAGGAACUUAUUGGAAUGAAGUACCCAAUAUUUGUCAACAUUUAUCUGGAGUUGGUUGAAAAAUCUCAGGAUAAAAAAUCUGUGCCCUUUUACAAUCAGCAUGUUGGGGAUUUUUUAACUGAUCAUAAAGAAGAGCUGCAACACCUGAGAGGCAUCACUGGACCCGAAAAAUUAAGUACCAGUGAUAUUGCUGCAAACUUCCGCAAAAGCAAAUAUGUUCACAGACUAUCACAUAAAGUGUUUAUUUAUUUGCUACAGUUUUUAAGUGGCCUCAACCGUUCAAUUUUGCUUCAUUUUAUUGACAAGAAUAUUCAUUUGGAGGUAAAUAAUGUGCGGACAUCGCUGCUGGAAAGUUAUACAGAGGACGUAGGUCGUGAAAAAACUAAAGUUGGUGUAAAAAAAACUGAUUUGACGGUUCCCACAGAACUGUUGGAUGCAAUUAAAGCAAUGAAAGAUGAACCACCAAAUUUACCAACGGUGGUGUUGCAUAACAUAACAAACUGUACACAAGGAGUAACUUCUGCGGUUAUUUCCAAUGAUGGUCAACUAAUGUGCGCUGGUUUUGAAGAUUCAGCUGUGCGCUUGUGGAGCCUUACGCCUAAGAAAUUGGUUGUUAAUCAAGAAAACUUUCGGGAAAUGUCACAAGUAAAUCUAGGUAUAGGAGUAACUGAUGAUGAUGAUGAUAAUUCAAAGGCCUCUAUCUCCAGUGAGACACUAACUCUACGAGCCCACACUGGUCCAGUUUAUAGUGUUUGUUUUUCACAAGAUAACAGUUUUAUGCUGUCUGCUUCAGAGGACACAACUGUGAGAUUAUGGACGAUGAACUCAUAUACAAAUCGAGUAUCAUAUAUUGGUCAUAACUAUCCAGUUUGGCAUGUAGAUCUCAGUAACUUAGAUGUUUACUUUGUUUCAACUUCGAUGGACCAGACAGCCAGACUUUGGAAUCUUGAAUAUAAUUAUCCCUUGAGGAUAUUUGCUGGCCAUACAGCAAGUGUUGAUACGGCAAAAUUCCACCCUAACUGCACGUACAUAGCAACAGCCUCGUCGGAUCAGACUUGUAGGCUCUGGGAUGUUCAUUCUGGUUCCUUUGUUAGAUUGUUCAGUGGACACAAGGGAGCUAUAUUCUCGCUGAUGUUUUCAUCUGAUGGGAAGCACCUGCUUGGAGCUGGUGAAGACAGGGUUAUCCACGUGUGGGAUAUUUCAACAGGAAAACGUGUAAGAGAACUAACUUCGCAUAGCCACACGCUCUAUAGUUUGGCCGUUAACUCCUGUAACCUUUUAGCAAGCGGGGGAGGUGACGCGAAAGUCCUGUUUUGGGAUCUGAAUCAAGUUUUAAAAACAUCACAACCCCAGGGCAGCACAACCUGGUCGAAACCUAUGCAUUCGUAUACAGCAAAGUGUACGAAUAUCCUAAACUGUAGAUAUGGCAACGAUAAUUUAGUUUAUGCAGUCAGCAACUGAUAUAAAUAUAAUUUUUGUAACUAAGAAUUUGUUUUUGCGCCCUUUUGUUCUGAUGCUUGCAUUGUCGGUGUGAUGGCUACUCCGAGGUUGAUGUUCGAAAUGUUCAUUUUGCAAGUCCAUUCAAAUCUCACAUUAUCUAAGUCUGAUAUAAAUCAAAUUUACCCCAAAAUGAUCAACGAUUAUCGUUUUAUUUUUAAUAUAUUACAAAGCUUAAAUUAUUCAAGUGAUUGUUAAAAAGAAAUCUGUUGUAUACAGUAUU